UGAUUUCUACAUGUUUUCGCCUUAUUGAAUCUAUGUUAAGUGAAGUAGUGUAAAAGUCAUACGAAAUGGUAACGCUUGCAAGCAUAAAAGAACAAUUUGACGAACUUGGCAUCGAACCAUCAGAGGAGGUAGCGAAUAAAUGUAUCGAAAUCUGCCUCCGGCACGAUAUAGAGGACCCAGUCGAGUUCGUGGAGCAAUGGAUGGCCUACAGUGUAUCCAAGCUGAAUGGGGCAGAACCUACGGUAGAGUUUCUGCGGGAUAUGGAAUCACACGAGUAUUCAAAUAGGGCACGAAAACCGGCAGCACCAUCGGUUUUGAAUCGCAUUCGCUACAGCGAGGGCUUACCGACUUCCCCACGAUCGCGGACCUCGGAUUCAGGUGCGAGCAAAGACGGCAUUGGUCAAGCCGGCAGCUCCGCUGCUGGAGGUUUAGUCAUCUAUAAUAAUGCUGAGCUGGAUUCCGUGGAAAAUGACGUGCUUGGAUCUUACGGUUGCAUCACUCCGAAGGCCAAAAAAGCAGUCUCUCGGCUUCACGCUCAAACUCCGGACCGAAACAAGGCCCAAUUUUCGCCAGCCAGUUAUUCGCCCCUUUCCUCGUCGAAACGUUCGGAGCAGGAUGGUCCCAGCAGAUCGGGCAACGUGGUGUACACCUUCGGAAGUGCGCAUCUGCUCAAGCAAACCAACUGGUCGACGGCAUCAUCGGCGUCGGACGACCAAAGUCGAAGACCGCUCUCGAUCGAGGUACGGCUCUACAAGGGCAAUCAGCUGACGGCAGAGGAUAACCCUCGCGAGGAGGGAUCGUGCUAUAUGAGCGACGAGUGCAAGUACAUGUACGAUUCGAGCUACGAUCGAGUGCUGAUUCUGGGUGAUCGAAUCUACGAAGGAGGCAAGCAAAUCUGCCAGAGGUUAGCCGAACGAAGAAAGCAAGAUGCCGAACAAAGGGAAGCGAGCGAGGAGGAUGCGAUUCCACGGGAUGAUCGUGAGGCAAGUCUGAUUGAGGAGGUUUCCAUUCAUCAUGUCGAUUUUCCCAGCACGGAUAGGAUAUGUGUAUUGGGAAGGAUUGUUAUUCAACCGGACAAGAAGGAUGAUUAUCUGGCCAUCGUAGAUUUCGAUGAACUAACGCUCCGUUAUACAAAGUUGGAUUUCAGUAAGAUGAAAUCGUGGUCCGUUUUUCCUGGUCAGACAGUUGUUCUGGAAGGUGUCAAUCCUCGUGGUACAGUGUUUGAAGUGCACAAAAUCCACUUUGAACGGAAGCUGCAGCUUCCGGUAGCUCCAGUAGACCUAGGCAGGCAGCUAAACAUUGUGAUAGCAUCUGCUCCUUUCACCGAACAGGAAGACCUACUGUACGAAAAGCUGUCCGAUCUGUUAGCCUACUGUAGUAACAAUAAUCCGGAUGUACUUAUCCUUACGGGCCCAUUUGGUAGUGCGAGUAACGCACUGUUUAGCACAAUUGCCGAGCCUUUUGAGGCGUACUUCGAAAAGAUCAUGACCAACAUUAUGAGUUCAAUCUCGGCAAGCACGGAAGUCCUGGUUGUGGCUAACCAUGACGACAUUAUGUCCAUGUUUGUCUAUCCCUCGUUUCCGUAUAGAAUAAAUAAAUUUUUCAAAAAUCUUCAUUUCUUACCCGAUCCGUGCGUGGUAUCGAUAAACGGAUUCGAGAUCGCCAUCACGACAGUGGACAUCAUCAAAGAUUUGAGCGAUGCAGAGGCUGGCGAAAAUCGCGCCGGAGAUAAGGUUAAGCGAGCGUUCAGUUACGUUUUUCAUCACCAGACGUUUUAUCCGCUCAACCCGCCACCGGAGAAUGUUCCCCUCGACGUCGACCUACUGAACGAGUUCGGCAAUUUGCCCAGGGUGCCGAAUGUGAUGAUAUGCCCAAGCGAUCUAAAGUGUUUCGUUAGGGAUGUGAAUGGUUGUGUCUGUAUCAAUCCGGGCCACCUAUCGGACCCUGGCACCGGCGAAGGGACUUUCGCCCGAGUGGUAGUGCAUCCGCCGGAAGCGGAAACGGCUGCGCCGUUCAGCUACAUCGCUUGCCAGGUGGUUAAGUCUUAGCUGGUGAACAGUAG